GCAGCUCUGACUUACCUUCGAUCGCAUGAUCUUCUAAUCUUCGGCCAUGGCAUCAUCUUCAAUCCAAUCGGAAGAAGGGGUUGUUGGGAAGGAUCUAGAGAAUGGACUGGUGAGUCCCAAACAGGCUCAAAACCCUCUCAUGGAACCGUCACCGACGCCAUCGCCGUCCUCAACGGCAACGGCUCCAGCUCUUGUCCUUUCCAAUUCCGGCAAACGGAUGGAUCAGGCAGGUAAAAAGAAGUAUCUGAAGCAAGUAACUGGGCGCCACAACGACACUGGCCUGCACUUGGCAGCACAGCAGGGUGAUCUAGCAGCUGUGAAGCUGAUUCUUGACGACAUCCACACACAGAUGAUGGGGACUUUGAGUGGGGCAGACUUUGAUUCAGAGGUUGCGGAGGUUCAGGCGUCAAUUGUGAAUGAGGUCAAUGAGUUGGGGGCAACAGCCUUGUUCACGGCUGUGGAGAAGGGGCAUCUUGAUGUUGUCAAGGAGUUGUUGAAGUACUCAAAUAAGGAAACUCUUACUAAGAAAAAUAGGUCUGGGUUUGAUCCCUUGCAUAUUGCAGCGUUUCAUGGACAUCACGCUAUCGUCCAAGUUCUGCUAGAUCAUGACCCCAGUUUAAGCCACACAUUUGGCCCGUCAAAUGCAACCCCUCUUAUAUCAGCAGCUACCCAAGGACAUACAGCAGUAGUCAAUGAGCUACUGUCAAAAGAUGAUAGCUUGUUAGAGAGUUGUAGAUCCAAUGGGAAAAAUGCAUUGCACCUAGCUGCUCGACAGGGGCAUGUAGAUAUUGUAAGAGCAUUGCUAUGCAAAGAUCCACAAUUGGCAAGGAGGACUGACAAGAAAGGACAGACUGCAUUGCAUAUGGCUGUGAAAGGGCAGAGUUGUGAGGUAGUCAAAUUGCUUCUUGACGCAGUUGCUGCAAUUGUAAUGCUUCCAGACAAGUUUGGUAGCACAGCUUUACAUGUAGCUACCAGGAAAAAGAGAGUGGAGAUAGUGAAUGAGUUGUUGUCCCUUCCUGACACCAAUGUUAAUGCACUAAAUAGAGAUCACAAAACAGCUCUUGACAUAGCUGAAGAGCUGCCUGAAUCUGCAGACUCCUCUAAUUUAAAGGAAUGCCUUCAUCACUAUGGUGCUGUCAGAGCUAAUGACCUGAACCAACCAAGGGAUGAGUUGAGGAACACGGUGACACAAAUUAAGAAUGAUGUUCAUACCCAGCUUGAACAAACAAAAAGAACCAACAAGAAUGUCCAUAAUAUCUCGAAGGAGCUCAGAAAACUUCAUCGGGAGGGAAUUAACAAUGCCACUAAUUCAGUGACAGUGGUGGCUGUUCUAUUUGCAACUGUUGCUUUUGCAGCUAUUUUUACAGUGCCUGGUGGGGAUAAUAAUGAUGAUGGGUCGGCAGUAGUUGUGAGUUCUGCUUCAUUCAGAAUAUUUUUCAUCUUCAAUGCCAUUGCACUCUUUACAUCUUUGGCAGUUGUGGUUGUACAAAUCACAUUGGUUAGGGGUGAGACAAAAGCAGAGAGACGAGUGGUAAAAGUGAUUAACAAGUUGAUGUGGCUGGCUUCUGUGUGUACUUCAGUGGCAUUUAUGGCCUCAUCAUAUAUAGUGGUUGGGCGGCAUCAUGUAUGGGCUGCAAUUUUGGUUACAGUUGUGGGUGGUGUUAUCAUGGCUGGAGUUCUUGGCACCAUGACUUACUAUGUGGUGAGGUCCAAGAGGAUUCAGUCAAUGAGGAAGAAAGGGAAGCCAAGGAGGAGCGGUUCCAACUCAUGGGGUCAUUCUGAAUUCUCUAACUCAGAAGUUGAAGUUGAGACAAUGUAUGCCCUUUGAUGUGGGAAUCUGUGGCUUUUGGAAAUAUUUAGGAAUGUAGAGAUUAUAAAUGGUUCUGUUUAUGCCAAACAUGGGGAUAUAAUUAAGAACAGUGCCUUUUGACUCUGGACAUUGGCAAAUUUGAAUUGCUAACUCAAAGAAUGCAUAUGGUGAAAGGAGUACGAAGGGAGGCUGCUUGUUUACUUACUUGGUGAACGCUGUUCUUCGUUGGCCAAAGGCAUGAGAUUGUACUUCUAGAGUUUUGAUUCAGAGAGACAUUUACCUUAUUCAGGCAGCCUGAUAUCAUGAAGCUAGAAUAAAACAAUAAAACAAUAUUGCUGGACCUUCUAAUGUUUACAGAACAACUUUUAUUAUGCUUUGGAGAUUAUGCUCAGCCAGCCUCUUGCAUCACCGCCCUGGAUCCUGGUCGAUAUACUCCAAGUUUCUGACCAUUCAGCUGCUUCACACCUUUAUAUAGGCAGUAUCUACUCUCAUUAUUAAGCUUAGCCUUGAAAUGUUUGAACAAUCUUGUUGCUGUCACUGAAUAGUAUAUGCCCUCCAUGGUUGGCUGUUGUACUUCAAUUGUGACUCUCUGAACUCAUUUACAUAUAGCAUUAUUGGCAUUAUUGCCUCUAUGGAAUCCCAUUUCCUAUGGUUAUGAAUUUGAAUUUGUUUUGUGUAGAGAAUUUUCAUUUUUCCUUCUCCCUAAUAUAUGUAUGGCCGUGUUGUUGUAACCUGCUCUAGUUUGAAUGUCUUGGUUCCUGUCGACAGAGUGUACUCGUGGAAUUAGUCUGUAAAAUUAUAUUAUACUCAUUUCAUAAAUUUAAAACAAUAUU